GACGGUCUUUGUUUCCUGAUUCGUUGCCUCUUCGACAACACCGCCUUACCCAAAACCGGUAUUACUGCCAAUGAAAGCAGCUAGUGAUAUACUGCGGAUUUUUCUUUUCCUUUUCGGAUCUUUAGUUUUCAUCUGUGCAAGUUUAGAAAAUCCUCUCACAUUUUCUCAAUGAGUCAUCCCAUAGGGGUUUGAUUCUGGUGGUGAGGAAGAAAGGGGGAUAAAUUAUUGGAUAGGAAUUUUGCAGAGAAAUGGGCUGGUUUUCAUGCUACGGAUCUUUCAAGGAAGACAAGAAAUUGAAACCCCUGAACAGGGAGAGCAAGGAAGGGGUCUCAUCUGCUUAUCAACAAGUGACGCAAGAGAAACCUAAGGCGAAGGCUUCUGCGGAAAUCAGAAAAGAGGGCUCGAAAGAUGGAUCGCAGCAGCAUAUAGCGGCGCAAACAUUUACUUUCCGGGAGCUCGCAGCGGCGACCAAGAAUUUUAGGGCGGAGUGUCUUUUAGGCGAAGGAGGGUUUGGGAGAGUUUACAUGGGUCGCCUUGAAACCACAGGCCAAGUUGUUGCUGUCAAGCAACUUGACAGAAAUGGGCUUCAAGGAAACAGAGAAUUUCUUGUUGAAGUUUUAAUGCUAAGCCUUCUUCAUCAUGACAAUCUUGUUAACCUUAUUGGCUAUUGUGCUGAUGGUGACCAAAGACUUUUAGUCUAUGAGUAUAUGCCAUUGGGGUCACUGGAAGAUCAUCUGCAUGAUCUUCCACCAGACAAGGAGCCCUUGGAUUGGAAAACUAGAAUGAAAAUUGCUGCAGGUGCUGCUAAAGGGUUGGAGUACUUGCAUGACAAAGCCAACCCACCAGUGAUUUAUCGAGAUUUGAAAUGCUCCAAUAUCUUACUAGAUGAGGGAUAUCAUGCCAAAUUAUCUGAUUUUGGUUUAGCCAAACUUGGUCCUGUGGGGGACAAGACUCAUGUUUCUACUCGUGUAAUGGGAACAUAUGGAUAUUGUGCACCAGAAUAUGCGAUGACUGGUCAAUUGACAAUAAAAUCAGAUGUGUACAGUUUUGGGGUCGUUUUAUUGGAAUUAAUCACUGGUAGGAAAGCUAUUGAUAAUUCAAAGUCAGCUGGGGAGCACAAUCUUGUUGCUUGGGCACGUCCAUUGUUCAAGGACCGGAGGAAGUUUCCACAGAUGGCUGACCCAUUGCUCCAAGGGCAUUAUCCUAUGAGAGGCUUGUAUCAAGCACUUGCUGUUGCAGCAAUGUGUGUUCAGGAGCAAGCUACAAUGCGUCCACUGAUUGCUGAUGUAGUGACUGCUCUCACCUAUCUUGCAUCACAGACAUAUGAUCCUGUUACAAAUCCAGUGCAAAGUACACGUCUUUCUCCUCCCACACCUCCUCGAGGAAAAAAGGAUAAUGAGAAGAAGCUGAGCGGUGGAUCUGAUAAAAAAAAUGCCAGAGUUAAUAGCCGUGUAGGUAUUGGUUCUCCAUCUAUACAUGCACAGGGUUCUCCAGAUCAAAAUUCACCAGCACGUGAAGCGAAAACGUGGAAAGAAAGUAGGAGUGAAAGGAAGCGGAAUAAUACUUAGCAUUCUGUGGUUGGGAUUGGCUGAAGAUUCUGAGUUGUAUUUCAAAUUCUUGUAUAGUUUUCUUCUUGUCACUUUCAGGUGUGCAUGUCGGCAGUUUCUGUGUUUGGUUCAGAAACAGUGCAAUCCAUGAGUAUACUCUUGUUUUGUUUGCAAUGAGCUCCUGUUCUUGGUUGCAAAUUUCAUUUCUUGUGCCCAAAUUUCAAAGGAACCAUACUUGUGUAGAAGUACUUUUUCAAGCAGAGGCAGAAGCUGAAGGAAAGAUUUUGAGGUUGUGCAGUUCUGUGCUUGGAGAGAUGGAUGGAAUCUGAUCAGGUGAUUAUGCUACUUAAAAAAAUCUCUCUAGUAGAGCCACUUGAAUGACUUUAUACUGGCUCAUGGGAUGACUAUAAUAGAUAAUUAGUCAAUACAGGACAUCCUAUCUUGCCACAGUUGAACUGGAAGAAUUCAGCUUCUUCCCAUCUCUGGCUGUACUGUUUCCUUUCUGUAGAGGUCACUCUUUCUAUGUACAUGCGAGCAUCCUGGAGGAUUGUAUUUUGUUUUGGGCAUUAUUUUCCUCCGAGAUAUAUACUUUUCAAUCCUUACAUAGUGGAACCCAUAUUCCAUUUAUGAUAUUAUAUGGAUUUCUCAAUCUUUCUCUUUACCUUGCUGGUUUUAGUACCCUAUUGCAGGGCUGCAGGUUGAUGUGAUAACUUGAAGCCCUACCAUAUGAUUCAGGUAACAUGAACCUGCCUAGAGUUAUCUGUGUGUGUGCACAUAUAUGAAAUUGUUGAACUUCAAAGGUACGAUAUUAACACUGAUCCCCAUUUUUUUGUUA